AUGCCUUUGCUUUCGUCUCCCUCUCGGAGUUUUGUUUUCCUCAUCAAACUAUUCGACUAUCUACAACAAGCAAACAUCUACAGCAACAAAUCUACGCACAGCAAUCUCAGCAUUUCUGAACCAUCUACAUCUACUAAAUCUCACAUCUACAUCUUUCAUAACACCAUGCCUCCUACUGGCCCGCGUCUGCACCUCCGCGGCAUGUCAAACCGCAGCGACGAAACCGACCAAGACCGCAGCGACGGGAAGUCCCCUCGAGGCAAGUCAUCCGGAAACCCCAACACUCCUAACCGCCGCAGCACGUUCAACCCCCAGGCCGAACCUUUCACUCCCACCACCACGUCGCCUUCCACUGACCCUAGCUCCGCAGACUCGUCUGCAAAGAAACCAAGCGUCCAGGAUCAGCGCGAACAACUGCGUCAGAUCAACCUCAUUGAAGAUGAGCGCGAUCGUGUGGAUGCUGUGGGUGACUUUAUCUGGGAUCAGAGUACCCGUUGGACUGAUGAGCAACUGGAGGAGGAGAAGAAGGCGUUGGUGUUGGAGGAGCGAAAACAGCGACUUGGUCAUCGGUAG